GUUCUCCGCUCGCUCCCGCAGAUUUGACUGUCAACCCGCUGCGCCGCUGCAUCGAGCAGAUCGUUACUCAAUGACGGGAUUUACCAACACUUUUGGAGUACAAAAACUUUCCUCACCGCUGUGAAACGUUACCGGGGUGCCAUCGGAGGAGAUGAACUUCUAGCAGGGGCGAUUGUCGUUUCAAAGAGUAAGAUUUUGGUCCCAUUAAGUGUUUGAUGGCUGCUGGGGAUGGAGCCCAGCUGCCGGCGACCGUAGCGGCCAGCAGGAGCGUGGAGAAAGCGCUGGAGGAGGCUGCGUCCAGCGGAGCGCUUAUCCUCUCCAACCGCAAACUGAAGGAGUUCCCCCGCACAGCCAAGAACUAUGACCUGUCCGACAUUACACACGGAGAUCUGUCAAAGAACCGGCUAUGUGAGGUGCCAGAAGAGGUGUGCCAGUUUGUCUCUCUGGAGACACUCAGCUUGUAUCACAACUGUGUGCGAUCCCUCACGCCCAGCCUGUGCCAACUGCAAGCCCUCACCUACCUCAACCUCAGUCGUAACCUGCUGUCCAGUCUACCGCCAUCCGUGUGUCAGCUCCCUCUGCUGCGAGUGCUCGUCGUCAGCAACAACAAGUUAUCAGUCUUGCCGGCCUCCAUACACACACUCACACACCUACGACAACUGGAUGUGAGUUGUAAUGAGCUGCAGUCUUUGCCCGCUGAACUCGGCCAGUUAGAAUGUUUAAGGGAUUUAAAUCUGAGAAGAAACCAACUAACCACUCUCCCUGAAGAGUUGUCCGAGUUGCCGCUUGUUCGUUUGGAUGUCUCAUGCAACCGCAUAUCACAGGUGCCUGUAUGUUACCGCCAUCUACGCCACCUCCAGGCCAUCAUCCUUGAAAACAACCCCCUCCAGAUGCCACCCGCCCAGAUCUGCUCCAAGGGAAAGUUUCACAUCUUCAAAUAUCUAAACAUGGAGGCCUGCAAAAGGACUCAGGACCAGUUUGAAAAAGCUCUCCGGCCCACCGCCUUCAACAGCUGUCUUUUGGAUCAGGAUCUCUACCCGUGUCAGUACGGCGGCCUGGACUCUGGGUUUAACAGUGUGGACAGUGGGAGCAAAAGAUGGUCUGGAAAUGAGUCUGCCGAUGAUUUCUCAGACCGGUCGUUGCGUUUGACAGAGAUUUCCCGUGAACACACAAAUUUUCAAGAGGAGGAGGAGAGAGAUACGUUACUAAACACACCCAAAGUGAAUGGAGACGUGGAGCAAGUGGAUUUCAUAGACAACAGCAUUACAGAAGAAGAGGAAGAACGGGGUCUCCCGGUGUCCGAGAACCCUCAGGAAAAAAGCGAAAGUCCCAGUAGCAGCUCAUCCCAGAGCCCUGAAUCUACAUGCACCAGGAUAUUUGUGGUGGGAGAUGAUUCAGAUGCUGGUUCUCCAUCCAGCCCCACUCUGGAGGAGAAGAGGAGGCCUGGAAACCUGCUCAUCUGGCAGGAGAGAGAGAGAGCGCAGCAGCAGCAGAGAGACAGAGCCAGCAUUUUGCAGAAGAUGACUGUAAAAACAGGAAGUAACUUGGCGACGACAACCAAGCACGGAGGAACAGGAAGCAUUUCUGGUGGUGACAGCUCAGAUAGCAGCUCUCCUCCCAAUGGCUUGAAACAGAGGAGUGUUAGUGUAGAUCAGCAUUCUCCCACCUCUCAUGCAGUAUCUGUACAGCGCUCUGUUAGUCGGACAGAUCCGUCAUACGUGAAACCCUGUUCUCCCACGGGUUCUGCUGCCAAACCCAACAGCUUCUUGUUCCGCACAUCCUCACGCUGCAACGUCAAAACAGGUUUAGGAAACAGUUUGGCUGAUUCCGGCCGUAGUGAAUCUCGCUCCACGCUUAAAUCCCCACGCGAAGAAAGAUUAGACGUCCUGCAACUGCGAAAGUCUCUGGAGUCACGGCUGAAGAUCACCCUGCCUGAAGAUCUGGCAGAGGCAUUGUCCAAUGGCACGGUCCUCUGCCAGCUGGCCAAUCACGUGCGUCCUCGUUCUGUGUCAAUCAUCCACAUCCCCUCACCGGCAGUGCCCAAACUGAGUGCUGCCAAGUGUCGCCUUAAUGUUGAAAACUUCAUUGCUGCGUGUCGUAGACUGGGAGUCCCUGAGAUGGAGUUGUGUUUAGCGUCUGAUAUCCUGUGCAGUAAGCUGCUCGCCGUGCAUCGCUGUGUGAAGGCGCUCCUGGCAAAAACAGGAGAGGAGGAGGUGAUGGAGGACAGUAACGGCACCUCUUCCUCCGUGUCUCCUUCCUCGCCCUUCUCCACUGGCUUCCUGCUCUUCUAUUCUCUCCUCAUGGCUUUGCUCUAUUUGUUAUACUGCCAGCUUAUAGCGUAGUGUGUGUGUAGGAGAGUAUAAUCUGUAAAUGGAUUUUAAAGUCCAUCCUCUCUGUUUUCUGUACACAGUUACACACGGUCGAAAGCUUGCUGUCAAGAAAAAAUACCCUUUAAUGAAUAUUAGCAAAAUAAUCUUAUCAUAAAUUUAUAUGAGCCACAUAAAGCAUAUCAGACGAGCUCCUUACGCAUAAUGCAGUUCAGGUUACAUACACAAUACUUAUGGUCCCACAUAAUUUAGUUUAGGCUAAGAACCAGAUUUUUCUACAGCAGAUAUGGUUAUGUAUUGCUGAAAAUAGUUAUGCGUGUUUGCAGCCUUGAUAGAAAAUCCACAUUUUGUACCUCAGUUUGCCAGUGGAAAGGAUAAUAGACUUUACUGGGAAUAUGCAUGGUUUCCACAAUAUGAAGGGCUUUUCCACAUGAUUGCCUUAGCAUCACUGUUAAUAAUGGGAUAGACUUGUUUACCUUUUAGCAGGAAAGACUUUAUAAGGUGUAUUUUUAUCCUUAGAGUUUUAAGCACUGGCACAAACUCUCCCCCAAACCUCUCUUCUUUGAGAACAUAGGGCUUUAAAAUGACUAGUGUUCGCUCUAGUCAAAGUGCCUCGCAGCGAAAAGUCAAACAGACCACUUGUAGUCUCCUGUCUGCAUCUGGGAAACAUGUUAACAGGGUGGUGAUGGUACUUCUAAACUGUAUUUUGUUGAAUUCACACAUGUAACGGAUGAUGGGCCGAGUUGUUUUUCAUCUUUGUCUUGUUGACUGUGAUCACCAGAGGGCAGCACUGUUACAAAACUGCCUGACACUUUUGGACGGUACUAAUAUGAUUCAAAGCUGUGUUAACUGUUACAUUUUUGUUGUUGAAUGUUCGUUUUGGUCUUCUUUAAAGCAACUUAAUAUAAUUCUUGUAUACGAGCAGUUUCAUAUAAGUUAUUGUUUUAUUUAUGUUUGCUUUGUGUGUUCUGCUGAAUCUGCAUUGGUGGAAAUCUGGUCUGCCUUGAGCACAUUAUCAAAAAUCGACUUAUGACUUUUCCUGUCGGUCAGAAUAAUUUCCUAAUACAAUUAAGAUCGCUUGCAUGCUCGUUUUGAGCCGGAAAGAUGAUGGAGACUUCAAUACUGGGCGUUGGCCAAGACAGACAAUUGCAUUUAAAUAUUCACAUUUGCCCAACUGCCACAGCUACUGUGGGCACAUUGUGGAUGUGCAGACAUUACCCAAAAUAUAUAUGCAUCCAAAAUUAACCAGUUGUGAGUUACGUUCAACAACCUUCCGUUUCCCUGUUCUAAAUGUGGCCAUAGUGUUUUUGUCGUUCUGUUAUGUGCCAUGUGUACCAGCUUUCCCAGUGCUAUAUGUGUGAUGUUGCUUUUGUGUUCUGUGCCUACUUAAUGUGAUUUAGGAGCUUUGCUGACAGUUUACUAAUGAGCAACCUCUCAUCUGGAGAGAACGAUAAGAAGGAGAGAAAGAGACAGAGACUGGGAAGAAAGGGAAGGGAAUACGCUUUAACUGGUUAUGUUACCACACAAUUCUGAACGCUGGGAUGUCUUAAACAUGUUUUAAGGGGGUUUGUUUUAAGUUGAUGAUGUUUUGUAAGAGUGUACAUUGUUGAGGCUAAAACUAAUCAUAUUAGACAUUUUUAAUGGCCACUUUAUUAUAUACUCCAUAUGACAGACUUCACUAAUAGAGUAGAUCAGUCUCAUAAGUCUUUUGAAGGGAAUAUUUUGAAAUGAGGAUGCUCUUAUAGUUUAUGAGCGUCGAAAGGCUUUUAAAGAAGUAAUUCCACCCUCUUUCUGAUAAAUAUACUAAAUGAAACGCUGACAGUUUAGUGGGCAAUAGAACUUUAUGAAUGUUUCCGUCCACGUGUUACCUAGCAACGCAACACACAAAAUGUAUUUUGUAAUAUUUAUAAAAUACUGUAUUUAAGAAGUUUAUAUUGAUAUAAAGAUUUUUUGUCUGUAAAGAAAUUAUUAAAAAGGAAACACUGA